CAGAGCAGCGCCAGCCAUUUUACAGCCACAGUAAAAUUAAAUUACGCAUUAUUACAGUAAUACUCUUUGAACAAUAUUGUAAUAAUGGGUCAGUGUGGGAUCACCUCUUCAAAGACUGUUCUGGUCUUCCUUAACCUUAUUUUCUGGGCUGCUGCUGGCAUCCUGUGCUAUGUCGGAGCCUACGUGUUCAUCACGUAUGAUGAUUACGACCAUUUCUUUGAGGAUGUAUACACACUCAUUCCUGCCGUUGUCAUCAUCGCCGUCGGGACCUUGCUGUUUAUUAUUGGGCUGAUCGGAUGUUGUGCCACGGUGCGAGAGAGCCGCUGUGGACUUGCCGUGUUUGUCAUUAUUCUCAUGUUGGUGUUUGUGACUGAGGUGGGAGUGGUGGUGCUGGGAUAUAUUUACAGAGCGAAGGUGGAGGAUGAAGUUGAUCGCUCCAUACAGAAAGUGUAUAACGAAUACAAUGGGACCAACAUGGAUGCCCCAAGCCGCGCCAUCGACUACGUACAGAGACAGCUGCACUGCUGUGGAAUUCAUAACUAUUCGGACUGGAAAAAGACCCGCUGGUUUCAGGAGUCCCAAAACAACAGUGUGCCACAGAGCUGCUGCAAACCCAGCGCCAGCAACUGUACAGGUUCCCUCUCCCGCACAGGGGAUUUGUACCCUGAGGGAUGUGAAGCACUUGUUGUGAAAAAACUGAAAGAGAUUAUGAUGUAUGUCAUCUGGGCGGCACUGACUUUCGCUGCCAUUCAGAUGCUCGGGAUGCUGUGUGCCUGUGUGGUGCUGUGUCGCAGAGGACGUGAUCCUGCCUACGAACUUCUUAUCACUGGAGGAACAUACGCAUAAAAACGUAACACGCACACACAUACACACACAAACACCACACACACGCGCGCACACACACACGCGCACACACACACGCCUGGGCUCAGGGUUUCAUUGACGUGGCACGACAACAGAGUCGUGCUCUUACUUUGCUUUCACCAACUCAGAAACACAGGGUUUGCUCACACACUACACUCACACUGGUGAUGGGUGAAGCUGAAAAAAUGCUCUAUUUAUUUUACCCGCUUUUUGUGCAAACUACGGUGUUUUUAUUUUAGUCAUCCGUUUUUCUUCAAAAAAUGCUAUAAGCCAAAUUUAAACAACGGCAACUAAACAGUUUUUUUUGUUUUGUUUUGUUUCGUUUUGUUUUUUUCCCUUUUUUUCCCCCCCCUUUCGGGGAGGACAGUGAGACACUGAGCGCUUUAACCUUGAUUAGUGUCAUUGAAAAAUGAGCAGCGUUGCUCGUGUGGAAGAGAAGGCAUUACUGUAUGGAAUGAGAUGUGGAGUUUCUGCUUUCCUCAUGUGUCGGUUUGCACUAUGUGUACGGCUUUGGAAUAUUUUAUAAAUAUUGAAAUAUACUCGUGUAAAUAUGUGGGAUGGGGGACUCCCUUUAUUUGUGAGAGGCUGCCUUGUGCCACCCAUCACCAACCUGCUCCUACACAGGAGUGCUGGCAUUUAGAGAGAAAGUUCUGGAAAGUAAACAUGCAAUCUUUUGGCAGCAUUUGUCCUGUCCUACGGCAGUAAAAGUGAUCUUUCCAUCAAAAAAGAAAAAAAGAAAAGAAAAAGAGAAAUUCAGUUCACAUGCAAACAAUUAUUUUUGGGGUAAUAACCUACAUGCACUAUCGUACUAAAACAAAUGUUAUGUUUUAUUUCUGUCUGAAUGUUUUUGUUGUUUUGGUUUGUUUCUUCCUGUGAUUGUGUGGAGUUUAGUAUUCUGGUAAUAUACAGAUUUUAAAGUUGGUUUUGGAAAAUAUGUAGCUAGUUGUGUGGAUUCUAAGUCAAAUGUUAGGUUUUAAAUGAAUGUAAAUAAAACAAGGGAAGAAAAAAAAUGAG